AUGAUGCAUCCGCCUUCGCCCGUCCGAAUCGUUGAGGUUGGUCCUCGCGAUGGGCUCCAGAAUAUUCGUCAGCCGAUUCCGACCACUGCUAAGCUAGAGUUGAUCCGUCGAUUGCGAGAGACUGGGCUACAGACGAUCGAGUUGACGUCGGUGGUGUCUCCCCGGGUCAUUCCCCAGCUUGCAGACUGUCGCCAGGUGCUCCAGAAUGCCGCCGUCCGACAACUUCUGGACGAUCGAGGCCUGCGCCUUCCGGUUCUUGUCCCUAAUGUGAAAGGCCUUGAGAUUGCCCAGCAGCAUGGGGUGCGGGAAGUCGCGGUCUUCGUCAGUGCCACCGAAGGCUUUAGUAAGGCGAAUAUCAACUGUUCGGUGAACGUUGGAAUCGACCGUGCUAAGCAAGUGGCCUCCAUGGCUCGUGCGAGCGGCAUCGAGGUUCGGGGAUACGUUUCGUGUAUAUUCGCCGAUCCCUACGAUGGUCCGACCUCCCCCUCCUCCGUUCUUCACGCGGUCAAGGCACUGCUCGAUAUGGGUUGCUACGAAGUCAGUCUAGGUGAUACCUUGGGUGUUGGUGUUCCAGAGAAUGUGCGCACUCUUCUAGAAUAUCUUGUGAGCCAUGGGGUGCCUCUGGACAAGCUGGCCGGUCACUUCCACGACACGUAUGGAGGCGCUGUGGCCAACGUCUGGGCUGCCUACCAGUUGGGCUUGCGCGUAUUUGACAGCAGCGUUGGUGGCCUCGGAGGCUGCCCGUUCGCCCCUGGCGCCAAAGGCAACGUGGCGACGGAAGACCUGGUCUACAUGUUCCAGCAAUCCGGGGUCGACACCGGGGUAGAUCUCACGAAGCUGGCAGAGACGGGCACGUGGAUUUCCAAAGUAUUGUCGAAGGAGAAUUCCAGUCGCGCUGGGGCUGCUUUGGCAGCCAAACAUAACCUGGCCACCAGGAAACAACCCAAACAGGCUCGGGACCGCUCCACGUUGCCAUGGGCUCUGGUUCGCGAAACCGAAGGUCUGCUCCUCCACCGCUCCGGAGUCAAUCUCAAAAUCAUCCUGAAUCGGCCUCGCAACGGCAACGCCCUCACCGAGUCCAUGAUCUUGGACCUCACCACCGAGAUCUCGGCAGCAGGUCGCGACCCCACCAUUUCGCGUAUCAUCAUCUGCGCCCGCGGGAAGUUCUUCUGCACGGGCAUGGACCUGGCCAAGGGCAGCACCCCGGUUGCCCAGGGCUCCUCGGCGCGCGACGCACAGUUCGAACGACUGACGACCCUCUUCGAAACCAUCGACCAAUGUCCCAAGGUGACCAUCGCCUGUAUCAACGGACCUACAUUCGGCGGCGGCGCGGGUCUGGCGUUCGCCUGUGAUAUCCGGUUGGCCGCUCAACCCGCCACCAUCACGCUGAGCGAGGUCAAGUUGGGCCUCUGCGCGGCCACAAUCUCCAAGUAUAUCAUUCGCGAGUGGGGCGUCGCGUUCGCCCGUCAGGCCAUGCUCUCCGCCCGUCCGGUACCCGUGGCGGAGUUGAAGGCCUUGGGUGUGAUCGCCGACGUCGCAGAGAGUCCUGAGAAGCUCGAGGUUCGCCUAGAGCAGUGGCUGGGGCGGCUCAAGAUGGCGUCUCCUGACGCCUCUCGAAUGUCCAAGGAACUCGUGCAGCUGGGCUGGGCGCACGCGGGCACCGACGAACAAGCACAGGGCAUCAAGGGCUUGUUUGAUGCCAUGAUGCGACCCGAAGCGGACGGGUCGCACGGGGUGAAAGAAUUCCAGGCGAAACGCCCGGUAGACUGGGAUGCAUAUGCGUUACAGCGGUCGCAAGCCAAGGCGAAAUUAUAA